AUGGCCGAACCUCUGCUAGAAUUUGGACAAUAUACGUCCUUCCUCUCCCCGGCGCAAUUCGUCACGGCCCUACAAAAGGCGCCUCCAUCACCGCGCAUCAUUCCAGUGGCCGCGGGGCGCGCUGCUCAACAUGGCGAGUCGUUAAGGAGACAGCACAUUCCGGGAUCUGUCCUCUUCGACAUGGACAUCAUCCGUGACAACUCCUCCCCCUACCCCCAAAUGCUCCCCAGCGCAUCGCAUUUCGCCGACUGCGUCAGCCAACUCGGCAUCAUGCCCGAUGACGUCGUGGUCGUCUACGAUCCGUUCGAGGUAGGCUUCUACAGCGCCCCGCGCGUCGCGUGGAUGUUUCGAUUGUUCGGUCAUACUCGGGUAUACGUUUUGAACAAUUUUCGGUUAUACGUGGGCGAGGGGCACCCGGUAGCACAGGGGGAGAUGCUCAUGCCGAGGCGGAGUGAGUACCCGGCACACGAUAUGGAUGAGAGGAAAGUCAUCGCGUUUGAGCAAUUGAGGGAUAUGAUACAACAAGGGACGGAUACGGACGUUCAGAUUCUUGAUGCGCGGAUUCCGGGUCGGUUCACUGGUGUCGACCCAGAGGCGAAUGCAGCAUUGAGCUCUGGACAUAUGCCCAAGUCGAUCAAUGUCCCGCUUGCAUCGAUGUUGGAUACUGAGGCACAAACCAUGCUUCCUGCAAUUCAGUUAAAGGGACUUUUCGCAGCUGCUGGCGUCGAUCCUGCCAAGCCCAAAAUCUUGACUUGUAACUCCGGAGUGACGGCCGCGGCUCUGGAUAUGGCCUUGUCGGAAUCCAAGUUCGACGCAGCACCGCGAAGGAUAUACGAUGGAAGCUGGUCAGAAUGGGCUCAGCGAGCUGGACCAAAUGACGGAUUAAUUGAGAAAUCAGUUUCGUAA